UGUGUAUAAAGAGAGAAUGGUGUGCGUAAAUAGAUGCUCCCUGCAUUUUGGCACUUUCAUAUAAUGGUCAUAGAAUUUUCCCAUCUACCCAAAAUAAUAAUAAUAAUAAUAAUAAUAAUAAUAAUAAUAAUGGUCAGUAGAGUCAACAAUGACUUUUACACCAACAAAAUUGUCAAAUUUGGGGUGUAAUCAUCACAUCACCAUGCUUGUGCAUCAAGCAUUGCCAUCAAUUCUACCUCUACAUAUAUCAGUCUGAUACCCUGCUCUCUGGGUAUCCAAUUCCAAGCUUCUUUCUCUCAUUUUCUGUGUCUGUGUGUGAACUCUCAUGGGUACACAUAUGGAGAUAAUAAAUGAAUCGUCUGGUGCAAUCGGAUGUGGUAUAAUUGGUGUAGUAUUAUUGAGCUUGAUAUGGGGAUCAUGGAGAAUAUUGAAUUGGGUAUGGUUAAGACCGAAGAAGCUAGAGAGUUGCCUCAGAAAACAAGGUCUCAAUGGAAACUCAUACAAGCUCUUCUUCGGAGACCUAAAAGAGAGCUCCGCCAUGGAUAAAGAAGCUAGCUCCACUCGCAUCAGCAUCUCCGAUGACGCAGUGCCUAGUCGUGUCUUGCCCUUCAUUCAUACCAACAUCUCCAACUACGGAAAGAAGUCUUUUACGUGGUUUGGACCAAUACCAAAUGUUAACAUCGUGGACCCUGAACUUGUAAAGGAAGUCUUGUCUAAGAAUUUCAACUAUCAAAAGACCAAGUCAAAUCCAUUUAUCAAGUUGGUAGCCAAUGGACUGACUACCCUUGAUGGUGAGCAAUGGACUAAACACAGAAAAAUCAUCAACCCGGCUUUCCAUAUGGAGAAGUUGAAG